AUAAAAAGGAAAUCUUUUUUUUUCUUCUGGAAACUGAAAGCCUCCAAUUCUAAACCUCGCGCUAUUGCACGCUCACUCCUCCAUCGCAUCCGCUGCUAUCUCUCGACUCUGACUCUGUCUCGCGGUGCUGCUCAUCCUCCAUCGCCGCUGCUCCUGUCUCCCAUGGUCACGAAGCAGCUUAAUGGAAAGGAUUGCCUUUUCAAUGAGCUUAUAAGAGCUUUUAAGGUCACCACGGAGGAGAUAGACUAGGUUAAAAAGCUUCUCUCCUUGGACCCUUCCUCUGCAACAUCAGUACCUGCCAAAUUCUUGCUCUAGAUAACUCUCUCCAUGGUCUUGUUGCUUCUUUUUAUUAUAUUUCAAGGUGCAGUGGCCUGAAAAUGGAAGACUAGCUGCAAUCUUAAUUUCACAAGGGAAAAGGAUAAUGCUUUCUUUCUUUACAUUGAGCAGAGGUAAUAAACUAUCCCAGAUCACUUGCAAGCGACAUCCUCUUUUUCUCCUUGUUGCUUGUAAAUCAUUCAGCUUGACUGAUGUUGAAAGAAUUACCAAAGUCAUCAAUGAUAAUCGCUUUCCUGAGGAACCUCUGCACCCUACCCUCUUGAAGCAUCUCCCACCAGGGUCAAUUUCUACAGUGUUUGUUGAGAAUGCCCUUGGCCGCCUCUUCGCAGCUCAUUCCAAUGGCCUUAAAGCAAUGGAGUUCUUCAAAUUUUGCCUCCAACAAUCCCAUUUUAUUCCGAGCUCAUUUUCCUUUGAAAUGACUCUCCACAUCCUUACAAGGAUGCGGUAUUUUGAGAAAGCUUGGGAACUAAUGAUGGAAAUUGGAAGAACACACCCUUCCUUGCUUACCCUAAAGGCAAUGAGCAUAAUGCUAUCCAAAAUUGCUAAGUUUCAAUCAUAUGAAGAUACUUUGGAAGCAUUUGAUAGUAUGGAGAAGAAGGUUUUUGUUGGGAAGACAUUUGGUACUGAAGAGUUCAAUGUUCUCCUGCGAGCAUUUUGCACUCAAAGGGAGGUGAAGGAGGCACGAUCAGUGUUUCAGAAAAUGCACGCACGGUUUAAUCCAAAUACCAAGACCAUGAAUAUCUUGCUCUUGGGAUUUAAGGGAUCAGGCGAUGUUACUGCGAUGGAGCUGUUUUACCAUGAGGUUAUCCGAAGAGGCUUCAAGCCAACCGCUCUAACUUAUAAUAUUCGGAUUGAUGCUUACUGUAAGAAAGGUUACUUUGGUGAUGGUUUGAGAAUUUUUGAAGAAAUGGAACGGACCAAUUGCCUGCCUACACUAGAAACAAUCACAACUUUGAUUCAUGGAGCCGGGAUUGCUCGAAAUUUAGUCAAGGCUAGGCAGUUAUUUGAUGAAAUUUGCAAGAGAAACUUGCAGCCAGAUACUGGGGCUUAUAAUGCAUUGAUCAGCGCACUAAUUAAAUGUGGAGAAUUGAAUUCUGCCAUGAGUUUGAUGGAUGAGAUGGAAGAGAAGGAUAUUGGUCAUGAUGGUGUGACCUAUCACACAAUUUUCUUGGGAUUGUUGAAGAAGAAUGAUACUGAUGGUAUUUGUCAGCUUUACCACAGGAUGAUUGACAGAAAAUUUGUUCCAAAAACUCAUACAGUGGUUAUGUUGAUGAAAUUCUUUUGUGUAAAUAGCCGGCUUGAUUUGGGUUUGCAUUUUUGGCAAUACCUGUUGGAGAAGGGAUAUUGUCCUCAUGGUCAUGCAUUAGAUCUGUUAGUAACAGGAUUGUGCUCACGGGGGAGGUUGCAAGAAGCUUUCGAGUGCUCAAAACAAUAUUUGGAAAGAGGAAUGCGAUUGAGCGAAGUUGUGUAUCGGAUAUUGGAGAGAUUUUUACAGCAAUCUGACAAUAAGGACAAGCUGAGGGAGCUCAAUGAAAUGAUAAAGAAAUUACAAUCUGUUUUGGCUCCAUCAAAGGGACAUGCCUUUGCUCAUUCUUCCUCCAUUGCAAUAGAGUAGCAUUUUCUGUUGUAAAAUAUUCUUCUUGUAAUCUAUCCCAUUUGAAUUCACUCAAAAUCAUUGAUUCGACUAUGGGAAUACUUAUAUUGAUUAA